AUGCCCGCCACGCAUCGUCGGGACAGCAACAACCUCGAGCUCGCCUCCCUCAUCACCUCCGACGACGAAGAAGCCGCCAUCUCUUCAUCUUCCCCCGACGCGCCUCUCGCCAUGCCAUCGCAGUCCCAACCCUCCACCAGUCCACAGCCGAAAUGGCUAUCACAGAACACAGCGCGGACGUGGUCCUCCCGAAUCCUCCCAAUGCUCGCGCGCAUCUUCCGCCCCCGACUAACAUGGCGAUACGCCCUCGGCGCAUCCAUCGUGCUGUACUAUCUCUACUGCACCAUCCGCCAGACGCAUCUCCUCGCAUCCCCUCUGCCCUCGUACACGGGCCCCCAUGGCGUCGGUGCCGUCGAUCUUGAGGUCCCCCUCCCAGACGGGCCGCAGAGUAUAUCAGAGCACACCUUCAAGGACGGCUCUCCAGCUUUCGAGAUAGAGUCCCUCCUCGUCACAUUCUACUACCCCACCGAUCCGGCCUUUCGCUCCAAAAAGCCACGAUACACAUGGAUCCCCAAGCCCGUCUCACUCACGGCGCGCGGAUACGCCAAGCUCGGGGGCUUUGACAAUUUCAUCACCCGCCCUGUCAUGACCUUCUUCCUCUGGGCGGUCGGCGGCGGCAUCACCAUCCCCGCCGAGGUGGACGCACCCUUACUCGAGUCCAACGACAAGCUGGCCCCCCUGGUCUUCUCCCAUGGCAUGGCCAGCUCACGCACCGACUACACCAACUUUCUGGGGGAACUCGCCUCCCGCGGCCAGGUCGUCGCCGCCAUUGAGCACAGGGAUGGAUCCUCCCCCGGCUCCCUCAUCAAGCUCAACGCAAACGACGCCACCGGCGGCCGGGAAAGACUGCACUUCAAGCCAUCAGAGCUUCAGGAGGACGUCGACACCCCCAAGUUCAAGGAGCUACAACUCGCCUACCGCGACGCCGAGAUCCUCGCCGCCAUUGACCUCCUUGCCGCCCUCAGCAAGGGUGCUCCCAUCAACAACACUCGUGCGCACGUCGACACACUCGCCUCUUGGUCCGGACGUCUCGCCAUGGACAGACUCCUCAUCGGCGGUCACUCGUACGGCGCAACGGGCGCGCUGCAAGCUCUGUCCACCGUGGCUUCCGAUGCCAUUGGCGGCAUCAUCCUCGAUCCAGGCAAGGGCUCCGGACCCCUGAACAAGGAUACCAAGGUUCCCCUGCUCAUCGUCCACUCCAACUCGUGGAGUCGAAACGUGAGCCCGUUUCACGGCCGUCCGCAUUUUGACACGGUCCGCGACCUUGUUCGCGACUCCCCCGCCCCCGGCUGGUUUCUCACCUCCUUGGGCACCGCCCACCCCAGCGUGACCGACGCACCGCUCCUCGAGCCACUUCUCCUUAGCUGGACGACUGGUGCGAACCUGGAUGUCAAGGGUGCGUUGAAGGAAUACGUCAACGUGGCGGACGAAUUUUACCAUUAUCUCCUCGAGGGCAAGACUAGGCAGGGUGGCUUGCUUGCUGAGGCGGUCACGCACGAAGAAUACGGCAAAUGGAUCAGUGAAGAGAGGAAAAAGGAGCUUCCCAAAGACAAGGCGAAGUUAUGGGAGGUGCACGUCAGCCCGCAAUUGUAG